AUGGUGAGAGAGGGCCUAGUUGCGAAGGUUCUUCAACAGGCCAAGGAAAGGCGUGCCAGGUUGGAGAAGCACCUAGGUGAGAACGUGGCCAUCGCCCCAAAGGCCGCACCAGCCAGAGCACCGUCAGGUGCAUCCGUUGUGAAGCCAUCCCAGAAAGCGUUGAGUCUUGCCCCCCCGGUUCAGACUCCCCCACAAGAGGCACAGCAGGCACAGCCUGAGGCUGAGGUUGAGGAUCCUGGUCUUGACAAGUUGGCACACAAACUCUACAUGCGCUACUGGAGAAGUGUCAAUGAAAGCAAGGAGCAGCAGAGUGCCCUCUAUGAGGACUUUCUGAAAUGUGGCGGGAAGUGGACUGAGUCUUCCAUAUACAAAGAAAUCACCAACACGCACACAGGGAGGUCACGUGGAGUUCGCAGGUGGUGCACUGAGAAACAGCUCUUGCAAUACUUUACUGCACAAGAAGUCCAAGCGAUCAUUCAUCGCAAGGUCAAUGACAAGGACCUUCGGUCGAAGGAAGUCCGGGAUCACCCGGAAUGCAAUGAGUUGCAGCAAUACUUGACUCUAGUUGAGGAUGAAGAGGAGCAAAUUGCAGAAUCACGAAUCACUGACGUUUUCAAACUCAAGGUUUCAGAGAAGGCUGAGGAUCAGGAUGAUGACGAUGACAGCAGCGGAAGUGAGGAGGAGGCACCCAAUCCUUUUCAAACCUGGAAGGAUGAGACUCCCCAAAAGAAAAAGAAAGCACCAGGAAAGGGAACGAAGGCCAAGAAAAAGAAGAAUAGCAAGAAGGCAAAGAAAGGGAAGAAAGCUAAGAAAGGGAAGAGCAAGAAGGAAAAGAAAGCAAAAGGGAAGGAUGAAGAUGAAGAUCCCGACCCAAAGGAACUUCGACGGGCUGUUGUCAAACAGGCCAAGAAGGCCAUUCAGGAUUUGAACAAGAAGAUCCAAAAUGCCAAUUCCAAGAAGCUGUCGACUUCCGGCUGGUCACAGAAAAUGCGUGAGGUCAUGGUCCAAGAGAUUGAUGCCCAAAUUUCGGUCCUGAUGAAGAUGCGAGAGAAGCUUCAGCGAUCCUUAGACAAAGACGAGCAGGACCCAGCAGCAUCAUGGAAUCAAUGGUUCAAGGGUCAAUUAGGUCAUGGGUAA